GAGGAAGUGACGAAAUGUGUGCGGAAGUUGGCAUUUAGCGCCAAAGUUGAGCUGGAAGAGGAGGAAUCAUGGAUGUUUCUCGCAAGAUAAAGACUAAGGUUUCUUGCGGCUUCAAGAUGAGAGGGUUCAUUCUUCGACCUGAAGCCAGCAGGUACCUGGUGGAGGUUCUGGAGUCAGUGGAUCCCUCUGAACUUGAUGAUGUUGUUGAGAAGGUCCUCGAUGCAGUGGAAAAGCAGCCAUUGUCUUCUAGUAUGAUCGAGCUGUCUGUGAUGGAAAGUGCCGUGCAGGACUGCACCCAAGCCUGUGAUGAAACCAUAGAUAAUGUAUUCAACAUCAUCGGAGCGUUUGAUGUGCCCAGAUACAUCUACAGUGUGGAGAGGAAGAAGUUUGUACCCAUCAGCAUGACGAGCCAUCCGACCCCCAGUCUGUGUGGUCUGGCCAAAGAUAAAGCUGAGCUUUUCAGGGAGCGCUACACAGUCUUACAGCAGCGUACGCAUCGCCAUGAGCUGUUCACCCCGCCGGCCAUCGGGUCCGCUGUGGAAGAAGGUCAAAACAAGUUUCAGCUGAGGACGGUCGAAGCGUUGCUUGGCAGCACAGCUAAACUGGGAGAGGUGAUUGUACUGGGAAUGAUCACACAACUAAAAGAGGGUAAAUUUUACCUGGAGGACUCGAGUGGAACAGUCCAGCUGGACAUGUCCAAAGCACAGUUUCAUAAUGGUUUGUACACAGAGUCCUGCUUUGUACUGGCGGAAGGUUGGUACGAGGACUCUGUGUUCCAUGUCAACGGCUUUGGAUUCCCACCAACAGAACCUUCGUCGGCUACAAGGGCAUACUACGGCAACAUAAACUUCUUUGGAGGUCCAUCCACCACCUCAGUAAAGGCCUCCUCCAGGCUGAAGCAGCUGGAGGAGGAGAAUGAAGAUGCCAUGUUUGUGAUCGUCUCCGACGUCUGGCUGGAUAGCGUCGAGGUGAUAGAGAAGCUCAACAUCAUGUUCUCAGGAUAUGCGGCUCUGCCUCCCACCUGCUUCAUCUUUUGUGGAAACUUUUCUUCUGCUCCUUAUGGGAAAAGUCAGAUGAAAUCCCUCAGUGAGUCACUGAAGACCCUUGCUGAUGUUAUAUGUGCAUAUCCCAGCAUUCACAGCAGUAGUCGCUUUGUGUUUGUUCCUGGUCCUGAAGAUCCUGGUCCGGGCACCAUCCUGCCCAGGCCUCCGCUGGCAGAUCACAUCACAGAGGACUUCCGGCAGAGGGUGCCUUGCUCUGUGUUUACCACCAACCCAUGCAGGAUUCAAUACUGCAGCCAAGAGAUCAUCAUCAUGAGAGAAGAUCUGGUCAACAAGAUGUGCAGAAACUGCGUCCGGCUGCCCAACAACAACCUUGACAUUCCAAAUCAUUUCGUGAAGACCAUCCUGUCCCAGGGUCAUUUGACCCCUCUUCCUCUGUACGUCAGUCCUGUUUUCUGGGCCUAUGACUACUCCCUGAGGGUCUACCCCGUGCCUGACGUCAUUGUCUUUGCAGACAAGUACGACCCGUUCACCAUCAGCAGCACUGACUGCCUGUGUGUCAACCCGGGCUCGUUUCCUAGAAGUGGCUUCACAUUUAAGGUGUACUACCCGUCCAACAGAACUGUUGAGGACAGCAAACUUCAAGGGCUUUAAAGAAAAUAUUGGACCUGCCUGUUCUGUAUAUCCCCUGUGUAUAAUAAUGCAUGUUGAAUGUCACUAGUAAUUAAAUACCUGUUUUUAUGCGUUUAGUGUGUCCUAAAUAAAGGUUUUAUUCUUUGUAUUUAA